CGUACCGGGGAACCGCGCUUGGCGCCUUCGCCCCCCGUCGCGGGGAGCGGGCGCGGGAUGGCCGCCUCGGGCGGGAUGCGGCGCGGCGCGCUGCGCUGAGCGGGGCGAUCCGCGGCCGCCCGGCAGGACCAUGCCGUCCGGGAGGGAGCCGGGCGCUCCUUGGCUGCGGGAUCCGAGCGGGGCGGCCGCCCCCGCAGCGCCCGGCAGCGCCUGAGCCCGCGUCGCGCCUUCCCCGCGCCCCGCCAUGGACGAGCGCUCCAACAGGUGGCUGCUGCCGCCGCUGCUGGCGCUGCUCUUCCUGCUCAUCGUCUACCAGUACGUGUCGCCCGCCUGCCCCGGCGCCGCCUGCCCGCGCCGCUCGCCGGCCUCGGCCGCCCGCCGCGGGGGGGGCCCGGCGGAGCAGGAGGAGGAGGAGGAGGCGGCGGCGCUGCCGCGGCUGGCGGCCAAGUUCCCGUUCGCACGGGGGGAGCUGUGCCGGCGGGUGCGGUUCGACAUGCGGGGCCGCGACGUGAUCGUCUUCCUCCACAUCCAGAAGACGGGCGGCACCACCUUCGGGCGGCACCUGGUGCGCAACAUCCACCUGGAGCAGCCCUGCUACUGCCGGGCCGGGCAGAAGAAGUGCGCCUGCCACCGCCCGGGCGGCGACAAGGACACCUGGCUCUUCUCCCGCUUCUCCACCGGCUGGAGCUGCGGGCUGCACGCCGACUGGACCGAGCUCACCAGCUGCGUGCCCGCCGCCAUGGAGCGCCGCGGAUGCGCCGGCAACCGCACCCUCAGGAAUUUCUAUUACAUCACAAUGCUGAGGGAUCCAGUGUCAAGGUACUUGAGUGAAUGGAAGCAUGUCCAGAGGGGUGCGACGUGGAAAACCUCCCUUCAUAUGUGCGAUGGAAGAAGCCCAACACCAGACGAGCUGCCUACCUGCUAUGAAGGAGAUGACUGGUCUGGAGUCAGUUUACAGGAAUUCAUGGAUUGUAGCUACAACUUGGCCAACAAUCGCCAGGUGCGCAUGCUGGCAGACCUCAGCCUGGUGGGAUGCUACAACCUGACUUUUAUGAAUGAGAGUGAAAGAAAUAUGAUUCUUCUCCAAAGCGCCAAGAACAAUCUGAAAAAUAUGGCCUUCUUUGGGCUGACAGAAUUUCAGAGGAAAACACAGUAUCUCUUUGAGAGAACAUUCAACCUGAAAUUCAUUUCCCCAUUCACCCAGUUCAAUGUUACGCGGGCCUCCAACGUGGACAUUGGGGAGGAUGUGCGGCAGCGGAUAGAGGAGCUGAAUUUCUUGGACAUGCAGCUGUACGAAUACGCAAAGGACCUGUUCCUGCAGCGCUUCCAGUACUCCAAGCAAGAGGAGCAUCAGAAAAACCGGCUAAAGAGGCGAGAGGAGCGGCGGCUGCUGCGGGAGCAGAGAGUUCACCAGUGGCCAAGGGAAGAGGCAGCACAAGUAGCCAUUACUGAAGAUUAUAACAGUCAGGUCGCAAGGUGGUGAUGCUCCUCCGCCUUGACUGACCAAUGAGAGGAUCAGAGAGUUUGUGCAACUUGGCUACCUGGGAGUUAGCCAAGAAACACCUGAUGCUUUGGUAAAUGAGACCUCGUCUGACAACUGCCCCUCCUUGUCUCAGUUUUUCUUGUUUUCUGCCAGUGAGAAUGUAUUGUUUUCUCAAUAGGUAUUGAUUAGUGUUCCUAAAUGGCAGUAGAAUAAGAUUCUCUGUCCAAAAAGACUUCCUUCAAAGCCCUAAGCUAUGAGGAUGGGUUGAAGAGAGAGCUGUAUCCUUUGCAUUAACAGAUGUACCCUAUACAAUCUGAGCUACUAAAACUUGUGCAGACAUGAAUGAAAAAUUGGGAAAAAAUAGCUGGCUUGGCUCCUUUGUGACAUGAGAGCUGGUUUAUUUUGUACUGUUCAUUGUAACUGUAGUGCAUAACUUUCUAGUGAAUGAAAUGUAGGAAGGUGCACGCAUUGUCCACCAAACUUUCACUUGCUGUGUUUCGAUUAAGGGAGGAAUUUGAUGAGGUGAUUAAAAAAGAUGUAGAAAGUGUGGGAUUGGGGCAUUGCUUGUUCUGUUUCGUUAGCCAGCAAUCAGAGAUGGUUUAUAGGUGAAGUGGUGAAGGGGUUAGCUUAUUUCUCUGCAUAUCCUGAGAGUACCAAACCCAGCCAGAGAGCAACCAUCUUUCUGAGUGUGUGUGGCAAAGGCAAAGCCUUGAGAAAUGAGAUCCACGUGGCAGCUGAGCACACAUCAUGGAGAUUAUCUGGCUGGAGGCAAUGAAAUCUGCCUUCACAUUCACCAAAGGGGUCAGGCAAACUACAGAGAAGAGGGAAGAGAGAGCAGGAAAAGCUUAAAUAUCAGUGUGACAUUUUCCAGAUUUGCUGUAAAAGCCUGGAGAUAUAUUGUCUGUGAAGUUAGGCAGGUUUAUGAUAUUGUCUAUUAAAAUACAUUGAUAUCGAGUGAAUACAAUUUAAAUUGGUUUUCUCUCUAACUACAGUAGUGGCUAAAAAAAAAAAUCAACUUUCAUUUUUAUAGAAUACAUAAUGGAUAUGUGGAAAGUCUUGAUAUUUAUUACUCUGUAUGAAGAUUCUUUGUAAAUUUAUUGUUUUCAUGAUGAGAGAUCUGUAUCUGGUUUUCUUCCUUGUCUAGAAAAAUAUUCAGUGGGUUCUUCCUCCACGUGUUACAUUCUUGUGGCUAAACUGCAUCUGUUUAUUCCAAGAUUGUAUGUUUUUUUCAUUCAUUAUAGUGACAUUUCAAAAAGAGGGUCCUGUGUACCAUAGAUCUUCUGAGAGAGUCUUUUUGCUUCUUCUUCUAGUAUAACUGUAAAGCAUUAGGAGGAAAUUUCUCUAAGUGCCUCAACGUGGCUGCUAAAUCGAGAUACUGAAAGUAUAUUAUUGCAUGCAUGAAUGGCUUUUACCUUACAGAUUUGCUAAUUAGAAAUACUGGAGUACCUGAUGUGGAUGCACAUUUCCCAUUUGUUUUCAGAAUUCAAGGUUUCUACCCAGUUGGUUAAAAAAAAAAAAAAAAGUGUUACAGAAAAAAAGAGGCUGAAUUUGAAAAUUUGUUCCUUCGUUUCCAAGUUGGGGUUUUUUUGUGCAUGCUGUAGCUUCUUUUCUUCUGACAAUGCUCUUGCUACUUAUCUAUGCAGGAUAUCAAAAAUAAAAUCUAACAAUCCCAUUGAGAGUUAAUGGAUACAAUAAUACAUUAAACAUGAAGUAUCAUAAUAGCAUGAAGAAGUGAAGAGGGAUACUGGGAUGAUACCUCAUUAUCAAUGUAGUUCAUUAGCAAUACACUGCUUUACGUCUGACUGACUGAUUGUGCUACUUUUGGGGUAAGCAGCAGUGGGUUUUGGUCUUUAAUACCUGUUCCACUGGUGGAUCACGUACAUCUUUUCCAGCCUCUGCAUUCAGAAGGGAAAAUACAGGACUGUAGAUUGUUAUUCUCCUGUCUGAGCAUGGGAUGUCUGCCUUAGAGAAGAACGAGGAGCUCUCUAGACUCCUGAGUGGUGCUGCCUGGAUCCCCAUCGCUUGAAAGAGGCACUCAGACACCUUGCUCUCACAUAUGGACACCUGCCUUCAGAGAUUUAAAUUGAAAUCUUCACAGUCAAGGACCGAAGCUCACUCUGGGUGUCCUGCCUUCAGGACAGUGAGGCCAUGAAGAGCUAAGCCUGACCAGCAUUCUUACACCUUUAACUCAGUGCAGGUGAUUCACAGUGAUAUGAUGUACUAACAACUGGCACCAUGGCUUUAGGCUGGGCUGGCCCUGGCUCUGCAGAGGAAAGGAGCUUUCUGGGUGGUGACACAGGGAUGAAUGGAACUGUUGCAUCUCCCCAUUCCCACAUUUG